AUGAUUUGUCCGAAGUGUGGCAGAUUUUUAUUAGCACGCGAAGGCAUUCUUCAAGCUGGUCGUAAGUAUCAUCGACAUUGUUGGACUUGUGCACAAUGCUCGUUACCAUUGACUUCAUGGGUUCGUCAACAACCCAUAACUAAUGAAUAUCUUUGUAAUAAUUGUCAUAUUAGAAAACAUGGAUUAAGAGAAGGCAUUAUUUUUGUUAACUGGAACAAACAACAAACAAAAUCAAUCAUGUCUUCGAACAUACAAUCAUCGACACUAAUCGACGAUAUUCUACUUAUUAGCACAAUGAACCAAAUGUAUCGUUUUCGUCCAUCGAUUUCAUUCAUAUGGCGUACAUCAAUUCGUCCUUUUCAUCUAUCUUCAAUACGAUCUAUCGAUUGGGCUGAUAUUGACGAAUAUACUAAUAAAGUAAAUACAUCAGUCUUUUUAACAACCGAUGUUUAUGAAAAAGAUGAUGAAUGGAUUCAAUAUGAAUCUCGUCGAAACGAACGAUUACGUAAAAAACGUGAACAAUUUCUUUUAGGACCACCAAAACGUAAAUCUGUAACAUCAUCAUCUAAUGAAGAUUCUAAAACUUGUCCAUCAUCAUCAGUAAAUUUUACUAAAGUUGAACCUGAUGUAAAAUAUGAUCCAACUGAUGAUCGACCUAAACAAAUGAAUGAUCCGUAUUUACCAUCACCACAUAAAUGUAUAUUUUGUGUGCAUAACAUUAAAAUUGAUUUUCGUAAUACGAAAUUAUUAAGUCAAUUUAUUUCACCACAAACAGGUUUUGUUUUUAAUCAACGUACAACUGGCUUAUGUUAUUUUAAACAAGUUGAACUUGAAAAAGCUAUCUUAAAAGCACGUCGUUUCAAUUUAAUGCCAUAUAAAUGGAAAGAAACAGUUUUUCUUGAUGAUCCACGAUUAUUUAAUCCAUAUGAAAAUACAAUGAAAAAUGUUGUUAAUUCAGAAAAAGAAAAAUAUGGACAUUAG